UCUUUCAAGAAGACGAAAGGUCCAGACAAGCAGUGGAAAAAGGUGCUAUUAUCGAUGGCAUCAUAUCGAAAGAAAACACUUGUUGAGGAUCUGAAAUACGCUCUAACUCCGUGGGGCGGUCAAGCAGAUACGCAAAUAUACGGACUGUAAUGGACACUGGUUUGGAGAAGCCUCUGUUAUCAUAGAUAGAAUGGAAGACGACAUCGAACAUGCCGGUUUACCCGAACUCUCGAGAAUGAUCUACAUUGAGAAAAUGGAUACACAUAUAACAGCGACGUACCAAGGGGCACCAAAAAUAUGCUUCCACUGUCGAUUAUCCGGCCACGAGAGGAAGGAUUGUCCUAAUCUACAGAAUGUACAAUGUUACCGCUGCCAAGGUUAUGGCCAUAUCAGCAAACACUGUAAAAACAGAAAAACCGCCAACAGAUUUAGGUUUCUGCGACCGAAGUCUCUGACAUAGGCACAGAAGAUCAGAUAAACACACAAAAAGUAGCAGAAGAUGAAAUACAUCAAGAUAAUGAAACAAGCGAAGUUGAUAAUGUAGAAAUAUCCUCAAUGGAUUUAGAAGAAAGGGACCAAAUGCAAGAAGAAAACGUCCAAGGUGAUAACGAAACCGCUGACGACCAACAAUGUGGUGCUGAUCAGGAUUCCAAUAUAGGAAACACUGAUGCAGGCAGUUCAGGAAGACCGGAAAGCGUCAACAGGAUACAAAUUGAACCUUCUAAAGCAAAGAACCUCCAAGACGACAGCACGCCGCUA